CCGUACUUCUGAAUCUUAGAAUCUCACUCUCGCGAUGCACAGAGGUCUCCUCAAUGUGACGCGUUCAAUAUCUACUGCUCAUCCGACGCAUGCCUUUGUUGUUGGACCUUCUCGGUCGAUUCAAAGACGUCUACAAACCAGAAAGUCCGCCACAAAUUAGUUAUCUUUCUUCCGUUACCUGAUCCCAUGCAAAAUAGUGCGAGUACCUACAACCCUCUCAGUUGGCUGAGACAAAAGCUUACAGCGGACCGCCGAGAAAAAGAGUCGAAGGAGGAUAUUCUAGCAGCCAAGGCAGAAGCGAGAGAAGAGGGCCAGCUCAGCUUGUUCGAACAGACUAAAUCAGUCGUUCAUAGAAUGGAGACUGCUGCUGCGAAGAAAUCUUCCUCUGUCGCUUCAGCCAAAGUUGAGAAGCCCAAAAAGCCGCUGCCGACUUCGCAUAAAUAUUCUACGACCUACUUCAAGAUCUCUCCUCGAAAACUCAACAUGUUAGGUAAUCAGAUUUCUGGGCAACCGAUAGACUAUGCAAUCCUGCAGAUGCAAUUUAGCGAAAAACGGGCCAGUAAACGAAUCAUGAACAUGUUGGCUACUGCAAAGGAUCAUGCAUACCGAUAUAAGCAUCUCGAUAAUUCCAAAUUAGUCGUUGCCGAGGCAUGGGUGAAUAAAGGAAAAGUCCUCAAACGAAUAGAGCCUCGAGGACGUGGGCACAUGGGUAUUCGCAAACACAAGCAAGCUAAAAUGCACGUCGUGCUGAGGGAAGGGAAGUCUGUGGAGGAGCAGAAGGAGAAGGAACGGGCGUACAAGUUGAAGAGAAUAAUCGCCGCCGCGGCGGUAAGGGAAGAUAAGCCUAUACGCAAUCCAGGAGCUAUGUGGGCCUGGUAAAUAUGUAGUGUAAUCUACUUGCUAAUGAAGAGGCUUCCCCGUCCACAGACGCGCCCUGGAAAUAGGCGCCCUGGGCGACACGUCGUUUAAA